CAUGGCGAUAUAGGGUGGAGUGAGAACAGUGAGUAGUGAGCCUCGAACGCGACGUGAAAUCAGUCCAUGCAUUCAUAGCUAAUUCAAAUCGAAACGCUGAAGGCAAACUAGGAAGGACUCCUUACAAUGUAACAGCGUACCACACUGCACUUCCGGGUUUAACAUCUGUGUACUUAUCAGUGAGCCCUUAUCAAUUUUGUGAUCAAAUUCCCAAAUUUCCACACACACUAGGUUCAGGUAGUCUUCUAACCAAUAACAACAUGCACUACAUGUUCAAUAUGUUAAUUAAUCUGUUUCAUCCAAUCAGUUUCAAAUAUUGUUGAUAAGUCAUCUACAUAAAACUAAUCAACUCUUCACCGGCUUCAAUAGUGUACAACAAACACCCUCAACAGUGAACUAAGAGAGAGAGAGAGAGAGAGAGAGAGAGAGAGAGAGAGAGAGAGAGAGAGAGAGAGACGGACAAUGACGACUUCCAGAGCUUCUAGUUUGAGAAAGACACAUUUUUAGGGAUAUGACACCGUUGCUGUUAGUCACCAAAGAAAUUGUUUCAUCACAUCAUUCUUAGAAUCAGAAAAUAUGGAGGAUUGGACGUGAACUGAAUGCCCUAGCUGACAUCCCAGUCAGAGAUGUUUGGGAAGCCAAGCAGAGCAGCCAGGUAGAAGCGAGACAGGGACAGAGACAGACCACAGCAUCCGUAAGGGCAGACUACUUUAAUCGGGCGGCGAUCGUAACUAUGGUGAUGGAGAGUUCUUCCUGUACAAGCAACCAAGAUAAGAAGCAUUGUUGUUGUAGUAGUACAAGGCUGUAUGUGAUAGCCUGCGUUGAAAUGGACAAUCAGACGGCUCUGCUCUAUUUGAACUCUUCUCUUGGCGAAAUCUAUCUGUUUAUUGGCGACAACGACACGAUAUUGGCCGACAAUGCGACCAGCAACUACACGACAGACGGCGAGGACGACGUCAAUGUUAUCAAUGGCGAGGGUAGUUCGUGUGGCGAGUGGGAACCGGCUCAACACAACCUCUACCAGUUGUCCAAUAUCUGCUUUGCGGCCGCCUUCAUUCUCCCGCGCAGUUUCAAACCAAGUGUACUGUUGGUUCGAGCACUGCUGAGCGUGGGCUUCCUAGUCUCGGCGAUGUGGGCAGGCGUACACAUCUGUAGCCCGGACAUGUUCGCGUGGAACGUGCUGCUAUCUGUAGCCAACCUGGUGCACUUGGUCAUCCUCACCUGCCGCUUCCUACCACCAGCGCUCUCUGUCGAGCUAACAGAGCUCUACAUCCGGCUGUUCAAGCCGCUCAAGGUCACCAAGAAGCACUUCAAGGAGCUGACAAGGGAGGCCAGUCUCUGCCACCUGGCCAAGGGUGAGAGCUACGCCGUGGAGGACGCUACGCCCGCCGACGAACGUCUUUCAAUACUGUUAAGGGGAAAAUUACGAGUGACUUGUGAUAAUAUGCAUUUGCAUUACAUUAACUGCCACCAGUUCAUAGACUCUCCUGAAUGGGAGGCUAGUCAUGAGACUAGUGACGAACUCUUCCAGGUGACAAUAACAGCCGAGGAAGACUGCAUGUAUUUGUGUUGGCCUAAGCUCAGGUUGGACAGGGUGCUCAGACAUCGGCCUAUGCUUCAAACUGUUCUUUCAAAUUUGAUAGGUAAAGACAUCACGCAAAAGCUGUACUCACUGAACGAGCAGCUGGGCACAUCAUUCUUCACGAGUGACCUGAACAAGGCGGCCAGCUCGGAUCACUGGAGACAUGUGAUGGAGCGCAGUCUCAGUGUGGACGCCGUAGACACGGGGACGAGGGGCCACGUCAGAUCUGUGUCCUGGAAGAACGCCGACAAGGAUCGCAGGAACUCACUCGGCUUUUCUGAAAAUGAAUCCCCAGUCCACGGUGGUCAACAGUGCUGGAUCCCAGUGGUGGCCAACCACUUCCCAGCCACGUCACCGUUCGCCGCAGCCCAGCCCCCCCACCACACCAUCCAUGCACCACCACCACCCCCCUGUCUGCCCGGACCGGCGACCUCAGCGGCCCAAAUGGCCACUGCUCAGCAGCCGCCAGUCGCUCUCAUUCCAGUCAUUGUGCCUGUGAUAGCUCCAUCCUCCUCCAAUCCCAUCAGCCCCUCCUACCACCGGUCAACAGCCAUCAAUCCCAUCACCCCCUCCUACCAGUCACCAGCCAUCAAUCCCAUCAGUCCUUCCUACCGGGCGCCAGCCAUCAAUCCCAUCAGCCCCUCGUUCCGACAGCCUGCACGAGUGCGUACUCGCGAGGUCAAGUUUGACGAGAGCCGUGUCUGACAUCAGCUGUCUGUGCGGAGGAAGCGCGGAGCUUCCUUCCGCGAUCGCGAUCACCGCGAGACAGCUGUCAACGAUCAGGAAACGAUACCGCUAUUUCAGUACCCGCCUGUAUAAUAGACUGUUGACAAACUUUGUAGACAAAUGUGUUAUGUUGACAUUCCACUCACAAUCCUUUAGGAUUCCUAAUGUGUACCUUUUUAUUGUCUGAUAUUGUUUUGUCUUACCUGCAUGUUAUGACAAAAUCUAUUAUGUUGACACUCCAUUCACAAUAUUGCUUAGAAUUCCUGAUGUGUACCCAAUGUGUACCUUUUCAUUGUCUGAUAUUGUUUUGAUUGUCGUACCUGUGUGUUAUGGCGAUAUGAUAUGUUGACAUUCCACCCACAAUUGCUUAGGAUUCCUAAUGUGUAGACUAACAUUUGAAUGUCUGAUAUUGUUUUUCCUACCUGCAUUGCGAAUUGAUUCCUUGAUAAUAAUAUAAUACCAAUAUACCAUAUUAUUGUGUAACAACCAUUAGUUUAAAUUUUUCUGAAAUUCAAUUGUUCUAAUCCAUAUGCAUGAAAUGCAUAUUGUCAAGGAAUUGUAUGACUAUUUCAAUUAUCAUUACACUUGAAUCUUACAAUAUAUGGAUCGAUUUUUGCUAGUUUCAUGAAAGUGCUUCCUUUUGUUAUAAAAGUGGGACUUAUUAUAUUUAGUUAAACCUGAUUAUUAGCCUAGAAUUAGUAUUUUUUGUAUGCUCAAUUAAAGAACAUUAUAAAAUCAAUAUCAUUGCAAUGAAAAAGGCCUAUUAUAAUAAGUAACAUUAACAUUUUAUAUUUGCAACAUGGUUCGCUAUUUUGUCUAGUUUUAAUUCAAAUUAAUAGUUCCAUCAAUUAGAUUAUUUUGAUAAAAUUUUAUUGUAUACCUAAGAAAGUUCCUUUGACUUGUUUGAUCGUAAUCAAAGAGCUUCUAAAGACUUUUUUCAAUUAAAAUCACGUUCUUAACAGUGUAUGCAAAGAUGUUAACUGAUAAUGUUUAUUAUGAGUGGAAUGUCAAAUGAAGAUAACUAAAGUGAUAAUUUUUAUACAACGAUGAAGUUUUGAAAAGACUUGAAACGAAAUCAUCAGUUUAUGUGACUUCCAACAUGAAAGAUGAAGAUAAAAAUAGAAAAUGACAAACAAAAACAAAAAUGUGAUUAUUAUGACUUUUCUAAAACGAAAACUAGCAUUAAUGACAAAUGCAUAUUGUAAUAUAUGGUAAAGAAACAUUGUUCUUCGCAUUUAGUAGUGAUUGUACUAAACUCACACCCAUAUUUGGCUACCGUACUGUAAAUCAAUUAAUGUGACUGUAAAUCACGGUUUUUUCACCGCUAUUGUAAUAACCAAUUUAUUGUCAAAGAAUGCCUUCACAUACCUUAAAAAAUGACGAAAUAUAAUACAAAUAAUAUUUAUAAGAUAUACAAAUAUUAGUACCUGGAAACGUUAAAGAGUGUAAAGAGUUUUUGAAAUUUUACAUUGCUUACAAUUAUUAAAAGUACUGUGGAGGAAUAUUAUGAUUGUAUAAUUUGUCUUAUCUUUUUGAUUUCUAGAUAAAAUGUUAUUAUUAUCAUUAUUUGCUGUAAUACGAUUAUAAUAUUAUUUCAGAGUUCACCCCAGCUUAGCUUAUCAAUUAAUUGGAAAUAAAUGGGAUAAUAAAAAGAAGCUUUAAGAGAGGAUUGUUUAAUUUCAUUUUUAAAUACCACUAAGUUCAUUUUCUCAUUUGUUACCUUCAAGUUAGGCUUAUCUAAACCCUUGACUUCAGAGUAACUGUACAUUAUUGAAAAAAAUUUACACUAUAAAACCCUUUUAUAAGAAGCUCUUUUCAUUUUGACUUUUAAAAUAGACUUGGAAGUAUGUGAUCAGACAUUUGCCUGUAGUUUGAUGAAGUUAGACAAGUAAAUCAAAUUUUUAGAGAUCAAAUCUCUGAAUAAAAUUAUCAUAGAAUAAAAUAUCAGGUUAGAAUUUGAAUGAUAAGCAAUGAAGGAUUAUUUGGUAAUGAGAUAAGUAUUGUAAGUAAUGCUCAAUACGUUUUUGAUAAAAUCCACAAUUAACUAAAUAUCAUUUAGAACAUUUCAAUUCUAGUCAAAAUGUCUUCAACAAAAUAAUUUGUCCAAUGUGUGUCGGUUAAGUUUUUUAGAACUUCAAUAGAAUAUAAAUGUGUUGAUAUCUCGAUGUAGUCAGUUAUCUAAGUGUUGAACAGCUAUGUUCUUGUAGUGUUGUGUAAAUUGUUUAAACAUAAAUAUUAUAAUUGUACUGUUGAUAUUGUUGUUGUUAUAAUAGCUUCCCUGGAUGUUUUUUAUUUUUAAUGUUAUGAAUAUCAAGAUGUUAUAAUACCCUGGAUAACUGUGUAGCUCUCAAAUAAAUGUGUCUUAAUGUGUUUCUAAUAAUUGAAUGUGUACUGUAUUUGUUGUGAAUAUAUAAUAUAGUUUGAGAUACGUGUAGUUUGACCUAUCAGAUACAAGGAUACAUUCCUAUCUUCACUUUGAAAAGAUUUCAACAAUUCUUAAGUAUUGUUCUAUCAAUGUUUAUCUGGAUACUUUUGUAAUGAAAAAACUUUUGUCUGAUACUUUUGUUAUGUAGGAAUAGGUACUCGAUUUCAUAGUGGAUACAGGUUUAUCAUUUUUCAUUACUUUCCAGUAUUUUAAUUAUUGGUGAUUGGUUGUUUUUACAUAAUUUAUUAUUAUUGUAUUUACCAGUCUACUGAUAUGUCUUAAAACCAAUCCCAUCAUUCUUUAUCCAUAAAUAAAAAGAAUACAAUACAUUUAAACGUUGAAUAUCACUCAAUUUAUUCAAAUUCACAUACAGAGGUAGAAGCUCUGUCAAUAAUAAUUUAUCAUGAAAUAAAUUCUUAAAGUUGUCGUUAAUUUAAUACCUACUGUACCGUAGGUACUCAAUUAUGUUGGCUUCUCAAGAUUUUAAGAACGUACUCGUAUAACAGAAUUACCAAUUGGGAUAAUUUUUUAUUUAUCUGAAUUUUCAAUAUUUGAGUUGAAAAGAUAAUUCACAAACAACUUUACAAAAAAAUCUCUAAUAUUACAUCUCUAAAAUCAACAGGACUUUAAACUAGAAAAUUAAAUGUGAGAGUCUCAAUGGUGCCUUUUUUGUGUGUAAUCCAAACCUAUAUAAUCAGAAUAAUCAUGCAUUGAAAACUUCCAUUAAAUCUUCCAAUCUUGUUUAAUCUUUGAUAUUGUACUCUAUUAUCAACUCUCCUUACAUUUUCAAUUUGAAUUUGAAUUUAAAUCUUCAGAAUUUUAUUUGUGUUUUAGAGAAUGAAGGGUGCUUGAAACUAAACUGGCUAUUCGCCUCUAAUUACAUUUUCCUGAUUCUUGUUCUAUCAUCAAAUCAAAUAAAUUGAAAUUACAAAUAAUUCACACUUUUGAAGAAUGAAAUAAAAACUUACAAAGUACGUCAGAUGGUAUUAAAUAAAUUCAUCAUUACCGUAUAUAAUUUUUAACAUUGUGGUAUUGCCAUUGUUUUACACUAUAAGUGAAUACUUUAACAGUUCCGUAAUAUACAUUUUAAAAUUGUUUCAUGAUAUUAUUGAUUGUUGAAGCUGUUGUUGACUGUUAAUAUUUAAGAAAGAUUACAGAAAAUCUCUAUCAUAUAAAUAUCUGUGGCCUGAAAUUGAUAAAUAUUGUGAAUAUUGUUGUAAAGAUGAUCGUUUCAUGGUAUGUAAAGUUCGCUAAUAAUUGUAAUUUUUAUGGUUUUGUAAACUGAUCAUUUGAAUGUACUGUAUCAUAACAAGGUUUGAACAUGAAGCUUGAUUACUA